AUGGCUUCGCAAAACCCCACUCCAUACCCGUUCGAAUUCGACACCUCCGACCAUAUUGAAACACACAAUAAUACCACCACAUUAACACUCAAGAAUGUCCGCGGCAAUAUCCCAUCUGCACUGACCUCUCGUCUACGUACAAUGUGGCUAGAAGCUCACCGAGAUCCUACCAAAAUCAUAGCCCACCCUUGUGGCUACGACGGCCUUUCUGCGCGACUGAUAGAGGAAGCUGGCUUCCCUAUGAUAUUCAUUUCCGGAUUCGCAGUGGCAGCCUCUCAUGGUCUCCCGGAUACCGGGUACAUCGCCAUGGGAGAAAUGUCCGCCCGAAUCCAGGAAAUAGUUCGUGUGACUAGUAUACCUAUUAUGGUGGAUGGAGAUACCGGGUACGGGAGUCCUAUGAAUGUGCGACGCACUGUGGAGUGUUUUGCUGCGGCGGGUGCAGCGGGCGUGAUGAUCGAGGAUCAGACAUGGCCGAAGAGAUGCGGCCACACAAAGGGUAAAUCGGUUGUAUCUCGAGGCGAAGCCUACGCGAGGAUACAGGCUGCUGUUGAUACACGUAAUCAGGGACGGGAUAUUUUUAUCUUGGCAAGGACGGAUUCAUUGAUCCACGGGUGGGACGAAGCGAUGACUCGGGCGAAAGAGUUCAAGCGCUUGGGGGCAGAUGGCGUCUUUGUUGAGGCGUUACCUGACAAAGAAGCUAUGAGGAAGUGCGCAGAGGAACUGGAUAUCCCUUUGCUUGCUAAUAUAAUUGAGGGCGGAAUGUCGGAGAACUUAUCUGCUAGGGAGCUAGCAGAGUUGGGGUUUGCAGCUGUCGCAUACCCCUGGACGCUGGUAGCUGCAAGGCUUAAGAGCAUUCGGGAGGCUUUGGAUGGUCUAAAGCGCAGUCUAAUGACUGGGGCUCCACCUAUAAUACUUGGGUACUCUGAUGUCUGUGAGGGUGUUGGGUUCAACAAGUAUUGGGAUUUGGAGUCAAGAUAUGAGUAUGAUGAGGAAGGUCUCACAAACCCUCCCAAAGCUGCUUGA